AUGAUGCUUGCAUUAAAGAAUGAUUGUCCUCAUCGUACGACUAUAUUCAGGUGGUACAAGGAAUUCCAAAGGGGCAAUUUCACUCUUGAGGACGCUGAGAGGGAAGGAAGGCCUCAAACAUCAGUAACAGAGGAAAACAUUACUGCUAUCCUCUGGACGACGUACGCCUCCUGCUUGGCCUUUUCCACUAUCAACUCCUGGUUGGUGGCCGCCGUGGCCGUAGUAGUCGGCGCCGUCGUGCUACCAGGAGUUGGUGACGCCGAUGGCGACGCAAUCAACUGGGACUUCGCCUUAGCCACAGCGGACGCUUUCAAGGAGUCCGUCGAGGCGGUAGAGUGGGUGGAUACCAUCGACGUGCUAACAGAAUCAGUACUGGCUGGUAAGGAGCUAGCAGUAAAGCAGUUGGUCCUUGGAAAAAAAGUAUGCACUCUUGCAGGUGGGAACCUAGGAGGGCAAUGUGAUCACAACUAUCAGGCUGGCUAUCAUGCGGUAUGCGUCUGGCGCGGACCCAUAUAUUAG